UGAAUAGAUGCUCUGGCUGUUGUGAACGGCGGGACACUUGCUGUUUUAAGAGAACCAGAACACGCGUAGAGGAAAAAACCUCGAUUGGACCAAAACCAGCAGACUCAAAGUUCCCACAGCUCCAGCAUGGCCUCAAAGUGCCCCAAGUGCGACAAGACGGUGUAUUUCGCUGAGAAGGUGUCAUCCUUGGGGAAGGACUGGCACAAACUGUGCCUCAAAUGUGACCGCUGCAACAAGCUUCUGAAUGCAGGAGGCCAUGCAGAGCACGAUGGAAGGCCCUACUGCCACAAACCAUGCUAUGCUGCCCUCUUUGGGCCCAAAGGUGUCAACAUUGGUGGAGCAGGUUCUUAUGUGUACGAUGCUCCAGCCAACAACAGCACGUCUUCCACUGGUGUAGAUUCAGCAUCUAAAGUUGAAGAGAAGCGUGUCUACGCACCAAAGGUGGCAUCAAAAGCCGGCAGCAUCACCACUUUCUCCGGCGAGGCCAACCUGUGUCCCCGAUGCAACAAGAAGGUAUACUUUGCUGAGAAGGUGACAUCCCUGGGGAAGGACUGGCACCGACCUUGUCUGCGUUGCGAGAGGUGCAGCAAGACUCUGGCUCCUGGCAGCCACGCCGAGCAUGAUGGCCAGCCCUACUGCCACAAACCCUGCUACGCUGUCCUCUUUGGACCCAAAGGCGUCAACACUGGCGGUGUGGGCAGCUACAUCUAUGAUAAGGAGACCAGUGAGGUGACCCAGCCUUGAACCUUUGUCCUCCUCACCCUCCUCUUCUCUACUCAACACUGACCAUCACCCACAGUAUUAUGUGCUGAAUUAUGUUUCUCCUCCCUACUUGUGCGUUCAUACCUGAGGCAUCUGUCCGUUGGCUGCGGAUCCCCUCCCAGCUCUUCUCCAGUUCCCUGGAACAGAUUAAGCAGCAUGAACAAAUAUUAACUCAACACAGAUGCUCCCAAGACAGCAGAAAGGAUCACAAACACAUCAGAUUGCCCCAGAAAAACAAACAUCUUGCCAUUUUUACACUAUAAAUGUAUGUGAACACAUGUAGUUUCGCAACAGGAAACCAUACAGAUAUUAAGUGUCACAUCUUUCACCAACAAAACGUAAUCAAAUCUGUCCUUAAAGUUAUUUAAGGAUGUAUGUGAGGAAAUAAAAAUCAGAUCAUAAGGGAUACUAAUGUGCUUUUUUUUACCACCGCCUGAUGACAGACUGAGAAAUUCAACCUCGGAGGCUGUUUCAUGCAUAGAUUGUGUUCAGUGCUAUUCCAAUAAAUCCCUAUUUUACAAAUGAUGUGUAGUUUGGCUGUCUGACAACAUUCCUGCUGUGAGGGGACAGAAAUUUGAACAUACUUUGUUGUGAAAAACAUUUUGCAGGGACUGUCACAUGUGUUCCAAAAUGUCAGUGUUUUAUUUUAAUUUCAUAUGUGACAAUAAUGCAAACAACCAAGGUCAGAAUGCAGUGCCUGGCAAAAGUUUUCCUUUUUUUUUUUUUUCACAUUUUGAUAUGUUAUCACCACAAGCUUUAUUGUAGUGUUUAGUAGUAAAUUGGAAACUCUGGCUGCUAAGGGGCAUUGUCCUGCUGGAAGGUAAAUCACCACCCCAGUCUCAAGUCUUUUGCAGCCUCUAAACAGUUUUAUUUUAGGAUUACCCUGUAUUAAGCUCAAUCCAUCUUCUCAUCAAACCUGAGCAGCUUCACUGUUCCUGCUGAAGAGAAGCAUCCCCACAACACAAUGCUCCCACCACCAUGUUUCAUAGUGGGGAUGGAGUUUUAAGGAUGAUGUGCAGUGUUGGUUGACAGCACCAUAUAUAAAUGUAGGCCAAAAAGUCUAGUUUUGGAUUCAUCUGACCAGAGAACCUUCGUCCACAUUUUCUGUGUUCCCUACAAGGCCUGCGGCCAACUGCAAACGGGAUGCCUUCCGGUUUGUUUAAGAAUGCUCUUCUUGCUACUCUUCCAUAAAGGAGUGCACAGCAAAUAGUUGUGAACAGAUUUGUCCCACCUGAGCUGUGGAUUUCUGUUACUCCCCCAGGAUUACCAUGGGCCUCUUGGCUGCUUCUCUGACUCAUGAUCUCCUUGUUUAGUUUAGGUGGUUGGGCAACGUCUUGAUAGUUUGCUGUUGUGCUGCUUAAUCAAUAGAUAAUGGAUUGAACAGCGGUCCGUGAGGUGAUCAAUGAGUGUUUUAUAACCAAACCUGACUAAACUACUCCACAACUUUCAUGCACACCAAACUUUUCAUGUUCUUUCAUGAAAAACUAUUUUUUUCCACUUUAUACUUUGAGCUGGUCUGUUGCAUAAAAUCUAAAUAUAAACAUUGAAGUUUGGAGGUGGUAAUGUAAGUAAAAGGUUCAUUACUUUUGCAAGGCACUGCGCACUGUUAAAUUAGAGGUAAUUCACAUAUUUUCCCAUCUACUACAAUUAAACAGAGCUGAAUUGUUUUAUUUUUAUAUUUUUUUAAGGCAUAAUGUGAGUGAAGUUCUGAGAAGGUCGGGCUCCGGGUUAAUAUAUUUAUUGCUUUAACUGAAGUCCUUUUAAAUUUCAGCCACUGUACUACCAGCUUUCAUACAGAGGAACAGGUCAUGAAGAUGGAUAAACAAAGCAAUGUCUGCUGUAAAAACAUAUUUUAUGAUCAAGAUUUUCAUUCUUUUGAAAAAAAAAAAAAAGUAACCCUGCUGUUAUUUUCCAGGAAAUGAUGUGCUAUUUUAAGUCUAUUUUUAUUUUUGCCAUUAGUGAACAUGUUAGGUUAGCUUUAGCAUCAUGGACAAGUCAUUCUUUAAGGAUGUGCAUUUUAGUAUUAAAGUAUGAUUGUUGCUAUUUGUUUGUUGUUGUGCAUCAUAGGGCUUGAAUUUGUUUGAUUUCAGGCAUUGUUUGACAGAUUCUGAUUGAUUUCUUUUCAUAAACUGCAAUAAAGAAACACUAAACUUGU